AUGGUCGCCGACAAGCCGCCCAAGAAACGUGUCGUCCACGUCGACCCGUUGGCGGUGACGGAGCUGUUAGGGUUCCAGACGUUCCGGCGCGAGCUGCGCAAGCCGUGGCUGAAGGCGGAGGACGACCACUUGCUGGCGCUCAUCGCCGAGAUGUACCCCGAGGGCGCCGUCGACCCCGACAAGGUGAAAUGGGACGUCGUCGCCCAGCGGAUGCCCCCUCACGGCCACCGCAAGGCCAAGGACUGCCGCAAGCGGUGGCUGAACUCGCUCGACCCCCAUCUCCGCAAGGGGAAGUGGCGCCCCGACGAGGACGCCAAGUUGCUCGAGGCCCACGCCCUCUUCGGGGCGCUGUGGCAGAAGGUGGCGGCGCUCAUCCCGGGGCGCACCGACGACCAGUGUGCCAAGCGCUACAUCGAGGUGCUCGACCCCAACAUGAAGGACCGCCUCAAGCCGUGGCUGCGCGACGAGGACCUUCGCCUCGUCCGCUUGGUCAAGGCGCACGGUACCAAGUGGAGGACGAUCCUGGGCGAGUUCAGCGGGCGCACCCUGUUGACGUGCCGCAACCGCUGGCGCAAGUUGGUCACGGAGGUGGCGCGGGGCAAGGCCGACGACAUCAUCAAGCGCGCCGUCGACACCGUCACCCAGGCGCUGGCGGCGCCGUCGGUGGAGCAGAGCAACCGCGGCCUCCUUCUGACGCCGAUGGCGGAACCAGCCCCGAGCCAAACUAGCGCCGCCGACGGCGCCAGUGGCGCCAGCGCCAUGAGCGCUACCACCAGCGCCAGCGCUACCACCGCCGACGGCGCCCCGGUGCUGAAGCCGAUGACGUCGACCACCGAGUGGAAGUACGCGUUGGAACCGCAAGCGGCCAACGCCUUCGCCGACUACCCGCACAAAAAGCUCUUUGGCGACGCCGGAGGCGUCAUCAAGUCGCAGGAGCUCGCCCAGUACUUGGUCGAGUACGCCAAGCAGCAGGGGCUCGACGUCACCGUCCACCAGCACGUCCACCACCACUACCUGCCCGUGGGGCGCGAGCGGCUGCUGACGCCGGCGGCGGCGUACGGCGCCGACUUGUUCGGCGACUCCGAGCUCACCAACCGCAAGCUCUCGGCCCUCCUCGAGCCCGAAACCCAGCUUCUGCGCUACCAGCACUUCAACUACCUCCUGCCCCUCACCGAGGUGCCCAAGUUGACCCUGCUGACGCUGCCGCCGACGCUGAACCCGCUGAAGGCGCCGCCGGCGCCGGGCGCGGCGCCACACCCAUCAAAAGCGCUGGCGGCGCCCCCUCCGGCGCCGGACCCACUGAAGGAGAAGGACGACUUGAUCUCGGCGUUCGUCGGCGCCUCGUCGUCGCUGCGGCUCACCCCGCUCACCCAGGCGGUGGAGAUGGCGGCGGCGGCAGAAACCGAGCUCCCCAAGGAGGACGACGACGAAAUGGACUUCUGGGACCUGAUGCGGAUGCUGUACCCGGUGCCGGGGAUGGAGCCGCUGAAGACGAAGCCGGUGUCGCAGCACCACCCGCUCCACUACGAGGACGGGCGCAGCGCCCCGAUGCCGCCGCCUCACCAGCCACAACCGCUGACUACAGCCGCCGCCACGCAGUCGCGCAAGCGCCGGCGCCAGGACGACGAGCGCCUGACCAACAGCGCCGAGCGCAUCGUCGCCGAGGAAGAGGACGUCGACGCCGACAUGCUCAACCAGUACGGGUUGUUCUACAACAUCUACACCAAGGAAGGCCAGGUGAACCCGGAGCCCCCAUCGGAGCCCCAGCCGAAACGCCUGAUCUACGACCAGUGGGGCGGCUUCGGCAUCAUCCCCUUCAACCCCUCGUAA